AUGAAGCUCUCUAUCUUUUCUGCCUUUGCGGCACUGUUCGUUUCUGGUGCCACCGCGUUGGAUGGCGAAUUCGUCCACCUAGGACGACUGAUUCCUCCAGUCGAAGCAAUUGACCCAGGUCUUGUUACGAUCAUCGCCCAGAAUGAUGCUAUGGGUUCUGGCUUUUUCGAUCAGCUGCUCGAUCACAAGAACCCAAGCAAGGGUACCUUCAAGCAAAAGUUUUGGUGGAACAUUGAGUUCUGGAAUGGACCAGGCUCACCUAUCGUUAUGUUCACUCCAGGAGAAAUUGCUGCCGCAAACUACGGAGCAUAUCUCACCAACGCUACCGUCAUCGGUCUCUAUGCACAAGAAAUCAAGGGCGCCGUGAUCAUGGUAGAACAUCGAUUCUGGGGAGAAUCUUCGCCAUACCAAACCCUUAACUCAGAGACCCUUCAACUACUCACCCUUGAGCAAUCCAUUGCCGAUUUUGUCUACUUUGCAAAGGUAGCCCCGCUUCCAUUCGACACCAAGAAGUCAAAUGCGGAUAAAGCGCCAUGGGUGUUUUCUGGGGGAAGCUACUCCGGUGCUUUGGCGGCCUGGAUCGAAUCAACAUCGCCAGGCACAUUUUGGGCCUAUCAUGCCUCAAGUGCGCCAGUACAAGCCAUCGAUGACUAUUGGCAAUACUUUUCUCCAAUCCAACAGGGGAUGCCAAAGAACUGUAGUAAAGAUCUCUCUCUGGUGAUUGAUUACAUGGACAAGGUGUGGAAUACUGGAAGUGCGGCCGAAAAGCUCGCACUGAAGACUAAGUUUGGCCUCCAAGGACUUGCACAACCUGCCGAUGUCAUGGCAACCCUUGAAUAUGGACCAUGGCUAUGGCAGAGCAACAGUUUCACAACAGGUUAUUCCGGCUUCUUCCAGUUCUGCGACGCGAUCGAGAACGUGACUGCUGGUGCUGCCGUUACCCCUGAUGCAAAUGGUGUGGGCGUUCAAACUGCUCUUGAAGGUUAUGCCAAGUGGACUAAGGCUAAGCUUCUUCCUGGCUUCUGCCAAUCUUACGGAUAUACGGAUGCCAACACCGUUGAGUGCUUGGAUACUUACAAUCCCUCCAAUAAGAUUUUCACCGACAGAAGUGUCGGAAACGCCAUUGAUCUACAAUGGCAAUGGAUGCUGUGCAACGAACCUUUCGGUUAUUGGCAAAACGGUGCCCCUCGAGGAAAACCAAGCAUCGUCUCUCGUCUUGUUAACUCUGCUUAUUGGCAACGUCAAUGUGCUCUGUUCUUUCCAACGGUUAAUGGCUUCACCUAUGGAAGCGCCAUUUCUCCAGACAACAACAUACAUCAGGUAAACAAGCACACACAAGGAUGGAGGCUAGAGAAGACCACUCGUUUGAUCUGGACCAAUGGUGAAUUCGAUCCAUGGAAGACCUCUGGAAUGUCUUCAGAGUACCGACCAGGUGGACCACUCCAAUCUACCCCUGAACAUCCUCUCAACGUCAUCCCAGGCGGUUUCCACUGCUCCGACCUAAGACUCCGAAAUGCACAAGCAAAUGCUGGUGUACAGGCUGUUGUUGAUGCACAAGUGGCCCAGAUCGUAAAAUGGGUGGCUGAGUGGCCUAAGAAGUAG